ACCAAAGCAUUGUUAACCUGUUAAAUGUUUUCAGUUUCAGGUUAUUUAAACAUCCGGAUCUCUAGGUACAGCUUCAUUGGCUGGAACUGCUAGUAGCUAGAAACCAUGAAGAAACUUUUUGCAUAAAACUUUCACAUGUCUGGGCCCAUGGCAUCUUCAACAAACUUAGACGUUGCAGCCCAGUCAAUUGUGGAAGAAUGUACUGCUAGCUACAGCCUUCCACCCAUGCCGGACAUCAAAGUGGAGCAUCAGCUUGACUCUAGCACAGAGGAGGGCCCAGCUCAGAGUGUUACCAUGGGGAUGAAAUUCAUUUUGCCCAAUAGAUUUGAUAUGAAUGUCUGCUCGCGAUUUGUGAAAUCUUUGAAUGAAGAGGACAGUAAAAAUAUUCAAGAUCAAGUAAACUCUGACCUUGAAGUGGCAUCUGUCUUAUUUAAAGCUGAAUGCAACAGCCACACUUCUCCUUCCCCUGGUAUCCAAGUAAGACAUGUUUAUACUCCAUCAACUACUAAGCAUUUCUCACCAAUAAAACAAUCAACUACCCUAACUAACAAACACAGGGGAAAUGAAGUCUCUACAACACCUCUGCUUGUAAACUCUUUAUCAGUUCAUCAGCUGGCUGCUCAGGGAGAAAUGUUGUAUCUGGCCACACGUAUUGAACAAGAAAAUGUAAUCAAUCAUAAGGAUGAAGAAGGAUUUACCCCUCUGAUGUGGGCUGCAGCUCAUGGGCAGAUAGCAAUAGUGGAAUUUCUCCUCCAAAAUGGUGCCGAUCCUCAGAUUUUGGGGAAAGGACGAGAAAGUGCCCUCUCACUGGCUUGCAGUAAAGGAUACACAGAUAUUGUCAAAAUGCUGCUCGACUGUGGAGUUGAUGUCAAUGAGUAUGACUGGAAUGGAGGCACACCUCUACUAUAUGCAGUACAUGGGAACCAUGUGAAAUGUGUAAAAAUUCUCCUUGAAAGUGGUGCUGAUCCAACUAUCGAAACAGAUGCUGGCUAUAAUUCCAUGGAUUUGGCUGUAGCCUUGGGCUAUCGGAGUGGUCCCAGGCACCCAGACAGCCUGGUGGUGUUGAUGACCCUGACACAGAACAAGGAUGGUAACAGCACAAGAGCACUGUCUGUAAAAUCAAACACAAGUCCUAACGGGGAACAUGGACCAGAACUGCUGCUGGACAGGGAGUGAGACUAGGACCUGCCCAGGACACCUCCACUGUGUCUUCUGCUUCCUGCAAAGAAUGAAGGAGUGACUCAUUCUCUUGUAUGAUUUGAAUCUAGAUUAUGAUUAUUAUAUUGAUACAGCAAACCAGGUAUUAACAUCUGAUCUUCAGAUGGUCCAGGUGAUUAGAAAUUGUAAAUUAGAUUGUGUUAUAGAUUCUGUAUUAUGCUACUUAGAAGUACUACAUUGAUUCUGCUUGGAGAAAUCCCGUACCAUUCUAAUAAUAAAUUCUGUGCUGUACUAAUCAUAGUAUCUUAAGGAAAAAAAAAAAAAAAAAAAGAAAAAAGCUUUAAUUGUAACUAUAACUUUGUGCUGUUACCAUUCUGCCAAGGAUCCCUAAAAAGAACCUCUCUGCCCCCUGAGUGUCAGAUGACAGAAGUGGAACUUUAUACAUUUUCAUACAGACAGGAUUCGGUCAAGUGAGGAGUUAACCAUGUACAAUGUUAGCACUACUAUUAGCAUGUAAAUCUGAUGAGCACUUUGUAACACUCUCCCCAGUCUCUUCUGGUUUUCCCUGAGGCUGUUACUGGUUCCACUCUGUUGCCUUCUUUGUUCAUCAGUCUUGUUCUUUGAAUUCCCCACUUGCAUUUCUGAGACAGUUACAGAAAGCAGCAACCUCCUGCCAAACCUUCCCAGGGUAAAGCUCCAUCUCCCUUUAGCUGCCUGUGGGUUUUCCUUGGUAUAAAAAAACCACACACACACAAUAGCAAACCCCAAACAACAGUGUCCUACACCUACUCGUGCCACACAGGGAGCUGGUGCCCGCAGCAGGGGGCCAACAGAUCAAAGAUAGCACCUCUGCUCUCCACCUUUUCCAAGGUCCACACAGCCUCCAGCUGUGGAACCAGAGGCAAAUCCUGUCUCAUGGCCAUGAUACAAGGCUUCCCUCGUGACACUUUUUUU